AAAGGGAAAGGGGUUCUCUUCUCUUCUCUUCUCGCUAAUAGUGUUGACAACGCCACUCUCUCUUCCUCUAUCUCGAGAUCCUAAAAAUAUGUCACUGACAGAUUCUUCAACUUCACUCUCUUCUUCUUCUUCUUCCAUUCUUCUCUGAACUCAAUCAAACCACCCUGAAGAAUAGCUAUCAUGACCCACCAGCGUCGUCGCCGUCGUCACUCCGCCGUCUGUCACCGUCAUCCUUCUUCUAAACCAACCACUGGUUUCUGUGCAACCUGUCUCCGCGAACGUCUCUCUGCCAUCGAAGCUCUCUCUUCCUCCGCCCCUGAGCUCCGUCGUGCUAGCUCCUACUCCGUUCGUGACGCAUCCGCCUCUGUUUUCGACCAGCCGCGACGCAGAUCGUGUGAUGUUAGGUCUAAUGACGGCUCUCUCCAUGACAGAUUUGCUGGCGAAGAUGACGACGAGCUGCUAGAGAGCUCGAUUCGGUUCCCCAUUGUCCCAGAUUUGAAAGAGGAGGAUGAAGAAGAAGAAGACGAAGAAGAAAUUAGGAAUUUUGAUGUCGGUAAGAGGCUGGUUGAAGAAGAAAUCGAAGAUGGAGACAAGAAGACCAUGAAGGAGCUUAUAGAUCUGGAAUCGAGGAAUCAAGUAAUCAAGAAGAACAACGUCAAAGAUUCAGUUUUUAGCAGAACACUUAAGAAGUUUUCACUCAAACAUCAUCAGAAGAAUGGGAAAUGUCCAGAUUCCGGGAGCAGUCUCGGCCGUCGCUCAUGUGAUGUAGAUCCUAGGUUGUCUCUAGACGCAGGUCGAAUCUCGUUCGAGGAGCCUAGAGCUUCAUGGGACGGUUGUUUGAUAGGCAAGACAUAUCCAAAGCUGGUUCCUUUGUCCUCUGUAACUGAAGAUGUUAAAGCCUCUCCGGGGAAGAUAACCGGUGGUAAAGACGACGAGGAGGGGAAGAACAACCCUGGUGGGACAGCUCAAACGAGGGAUUACUACUUGGAUUCUCGGCGGAGAAGAAGCUUUGAUCGAUCAUCUAGACAUGGUUUGCUUGAGGUUGAUGAAUUGAAAGCUAUUUCGAAUUCUAAGGUAUCUCCUGAAACUGUUGGUUUGUUUCACGGAGCUAAAUUGCUUGUUACGGAGAGGGAACUUAGGGAUUCAAAUUGGUAUUCAAUCAAGAAUUACAAACCGGAGAGCUUGGAAUUGGAUUCCAAAGGUGUUAGUUGUGUUGCUGCUGCUGGUGAGGCGAAGAAGCAAGAUGGUUUUGGGUUGAAGAAGAGUGGGAAGAAAUGGUCUAAAGGAUGGAACUUUUGGGGAUUGAUUCACAGGAAAUCAGAUACAUUGAAGAACGAAAUGAAAACUGAGCAAAGUUUGAAACUUGGAGGAAAUGCUAUGGAGGGUUCUUUAGCUGAGUCUCUGUUGAAGCUUAGGAGAGUAGCUAAAGGAGAAACCAAUGGUGAUGUUAGCGAGAAACUCAUAAGAAGUUACAGCGUUAGUGCGAGAAAGUCCUGUGAUGGUAUGUUACGUGGUGCUUCUAUUGUUAACGGCUUUGAAGGUGGGAGAAGCUCUUGUGAUGGUCUCUUCCAUGGGUCUAUUACUGGUACUGAGACUGGAAGAAGAAGCUCGUGUGAAGACGGAUUGUUUCAUGGCGUUGAAGGGAAACGGAAUCAUCUUCUCCAGAGAGAUGACAAACUUGGUAGUUACUCACCCGAGAACCUCAGAAAUGGUAUGGUUAGAUUCUACUUGACGCCAUUAAACAGCCAUAUGACAAGUAAGUCCAGUAAAAGUAGGCUGAUGAAUUAGUCUGAUGAUCCCUGAUCUCUGAUUGUUCAGUUCAUGGUGGACUCUAUUGAAACUGUGUUGUAAUUAGCAAUUACCCUGUGUGUUACUUAUUCUCCCAUUGUUCUAUAGAUUUAUGAACUAAAAUCAUAUGCCCAUGUUGUUCUCUCCUUUUUCCUUAUAUUUUUCAUGUGUAUUAACGUUCUUAAGAGUUCAAUACAAUAGUGAUUUUGUUAUAA